CCAAAUCGCUUUUAGUGCAACACAUGUAUAUUACACAAUUUUUGAAGAAAUUAAUUAUUAUUUGGUAAUUGAUAUAUUCAAUAUCUUUAUUCUUUAUCACAAAACUAACAAAACCACAUCAUAUAGGGAGCAAAAACAUCGCAGUAAUUUGGUUAAAAAAAUUAUCAAAACAGGAUCCUGGGAAGUUAAAUCAUCAACAUAGCUCAUUUUAACACCAUCAAAAUAUGAUCGUACAAAGCAAAAACAUCAGAGGGAAUCAUACAAAGUCUAAGUCAAACAAACAAUUGGUUUCAAAACUAUCAAUACGUCUAACUUGUUUAAAAUCAAACGUUGUAUUGAAAAAAUAUUUAAAUUUAUUGAUAUCCCACCUCCCACCAUAACCCCCCCCCCCUGCCUUAUAUUUAACCACUGCUAGUUUUAUGAAUAAUUUUUGUUUUUUUAGAGGAAAUUCCAGAGGAGGUAGAAUGUCAGCAUUUACUCAACACAACAAACGCAUAUGCCCAAAUGACAGCAAAUGGGUACUUAUCACAAGCCUUCCCUGUUGAAGAUGUACCCACAAAUAUACCAGGUUUGCCUCCACCACCGGUGAUAACAUGCACCACAGAUCCGAUGGAGUUGGAAGAAAUUAAAAGGACAAUAUUUGUAGAAAACAUUCACGACUCGAUUACCUCUGAACAGUUAAUGGCAUUCUUUUCUGGAGUUGGUGAAGUGAAAUAUAUGCGACUUUGUAAAUCUGAAGAACAAAAGUAAGUUGAUUCGAAGUUAAAUUUUUCAUUAAACUCACACAUAAAAACUCAUCAUUGUAGAGUACAGUUCUAUUGCUGUAGAUAGGACAAAAGUUACAAAACAUUUAAAUAUAGUAAUAGCUGAAAAUAUAUACAAGCAUGAAAUGAAAGUAGAACACAUAUAUA